AUGACAGAAUAUAAGCUGGUGGUUGUGGGAGCGGGUGGUGUAGGAAAGAGUGCUCUCACCAUCCAGCUCAUCCAGAACCAUUUCGUGGAGGAAUAUGAUCCCACAAUUGAGGACUCCUACAGGAAGCAGGUGGUCAUUGAUGGUGAGACCUGCCUCCUGGAUAUCCUGGACACAGCAGGUCAAGAAGAGUACAGUGCAAUGCGAGACCAGUACAUGCGCACCGGCGAGGGCUUCCUCUGUGUUUUUGCUGUGAACAACUCCAAGUCUUUCGAGGACAUCAAUCAGUACAGAGAGCAGAUAAAACGAGUGAAAGAUGCUGAUGAGGUGCCCAUGGUCUUGGUGGGCAACAAAGUGGACCUGCCAACGCGCACGGUGGAGCAGAGACAAGGCAAGCACGUGGCCGAGCUGUACCAUAUACCCUACGUGGAGACCUCAGCUAAGACGAGACAGGGCGUUGACGAUGCCUUCUACACUCUGGUCAGGGAAAUUAGGAAAUAUAAAGAGAAAAAAGGCAAGGAUCGCAAGAAAAGGAAGAUCGGCACCAAGGGAGGCCGUUUGUCCUGCUUGCUGUUGUAA